AUGACACAGGUAAAAGGAUUCCUCCAAAAUAAUGCUAUUACCAGUGCCACCAUCUCUUGGCCACCAUCCCUUGGCUUGUCAUUACCACCAUCCCUUGGCUUGACAUUACCACAAUCCCUUGGCUUGACAUUACCAUUAUCCCUUGGCUUGACAUUACCACCAUCCCUUGGCUUGACAUUACCAUUAUCCCUUGGCUUGACAUUAACACCAUCCCUUGGCUUGACAUUACCAUUAUCCCUUGGCUUGACAUUAACACCAUCCCUUGGCUUGACAUUACCAUUAUCCCUUGGCUUGUCAUUACUACCAUCCCUUGGCUUGUCAUUACCAUUAUCCCUUGGCUUGACAUUACCACCAUCCCUUGGCUUGUCAUUACCACCAUCCCUUGGCUUGUCAUUACCACCAUCCCUCGACUUGACAUUACCACCAUCCCUUGGCUUGACAUUACCACAAUCCCUUGGCUUGACAUUACCAUUAUCCCUUGGCUUGACAUUACCACCAUCCCUUGGCUUGACAUUACCAUUAUCCCUUGGCUUGACAUUAACACCAUCCCUUGGCUUGACAUUACCAUUAUCCCUUGGCUUGACAUUAACACCAUCCCUUGGCUUGACAUUACCAUUAUCCCUUGGCUUGUCAUUACUACCAUCCCUUGGCUUGUCAUUACCAUUAUCCCUUGGCUUGACAUUACCACCAUCCCUUGGCUUGUCAUUACCACCAUCCCUUGGCUUGUCAUUACCACCAUCCCUCGACUUGACAUUACCACCAUCCCUUGGCGUGUCAUUACCACCAUCCCUUGGCUUGUCAUUACCACCAUCCCUUGACUUGACAUUACCACCAUCCCUUGGCGUGUCAUUGCCACCGUCCCUUGGCCUGCCAUUACCACCAUCCAUUGGGCUGCCAUUGCCACCAUCCCUUGGCCUACCAUUACCACCAUCCCUUGGCCUGCCAUUACCACCAUCCCUUGGCCUGCCAUUGUCACCAUCCCUUGGCCUGCCAUUGCCACCAUCCCUUGGCCUGCCAUUAUCACCAUCCCUUGGCCUGCCAUUGCCACCAUCCCUUGGCCUGCCAUUGUCACCAUCCCUUGGCCUGCCAUUGCCACCAUCCCUUGGCCUGCCAUUACCCUGCCAUUACCACUAUCUCUUGGCCUGCCAUUACCACCAUCUCUUGGCCUGCCAUUACCACCAUCUCUUGGCCUGCCAUUACCACCAUCUCUUGGCCUGCCAUUACCACCAUCUCUUGGCCUGCCAUUACCACCAUCUCUUGGCCUGCCAUUACCACCAUCCCUUGGCCUGCCAUUACCACCAUCUCUUGGCCUGCCAUUGCUACCAUUCCUUGGCCUGCCAUUACCACCAUCUCUUGGCCUGCCAUUACUACCAUUCCUUGGCCUGCCAUUACCACCAUCUCUUGGCCUGCCAUUACCACCAUCCCUUGGCCUGCCAUUACCACCAUUCCUUGGCCUACCAUUACCACCAUCCCUUAGCCUACCAUUACCACAAUCCCUUGGCAUGUUAUUACCACCAUCCCUUGGCCUGCCAUUGCCACCAUCCCUUGGUCUGCCAUUGCUACCAUCCCUUGGCAUGUCAUUACCACCAUCCAUUGGCCUGCCAUUACCAUCAUCCCUUGGCCUGCCAUUACCAUCAUCCCUUGUCCUACCAUUGCCACCAUCCCUUGGCCUGCCAUUGUCACCAUCCCUUGGCCUGCCAUUGUCACCAUCCCUUGGCCUGCCACUGUCACCAUCCCUUGGCCUGCCAUUACCGCCAUCCCUUGGCCUGCCAUUACCACCAUCUCUUGGCCUGCCAUUACCACCAUCUCUUGGCCUGCCAUUACCACCAUCUCUUGGCCUGCUAUUACCACCAUCCCUUGGCCUGCCAUUGUCACUAUCCCUUGGCCUGCCAUUACCACCAUCCCUUGGCCUGUCAUUACCACCAUCCCUUGGCCUGUCAUUACCACCAUCUCUUGGCCUGCUAUUACCACCAUCCCUUGGCCUUCCAAGAAUUCAUAGAGAUCUCAACUUGCUGGACCACAGGUGGGAUAUCCUGUGUCAGAGACACUGGACCCACCAGAAGCCAACCUACAGGAACAAGAAUUUACAUGAACUGGAACAAGCAUCACAUUAAGAAUAGCAUUGAUCAGAGAUCUCACUACUGGCAUGAGGAUGGUUAAGGCAGGUCAUCGGGGCAUGUGGCAGCAUUACAUGCUACAUUACAGGAGGUCAUGUUGGGGCAAUAACAUCAAUUGGUCACUUUUAACCACAAGUUAACAGCCACAACUGUCUUGACCUCACCAUGACAACAAUUGUGGGGAGUGAUUAAUUGAUACGCUAAGUUAAAUUAUGGGGGAGCCAUUUAAGGUAUUACCAUAUCGAGUAAAACUUAUAUUUACAUGUGAUCCUUUUGUAGUGAUAUUUUUGUC